AUGUAUCAGCUGUUUCCCGACGCCCGCAACUCCGAACGAGAGGUCCCGCCAAUUCACGUGGUGUUCGUGAUUCCGGGAUGCCGAACCCCCGCAGUCAACCUCACCUCGAACGAACUGGGCGACGCCCUGGACACGCUGUUGCAGCACACCAGCCGACCGCUACACGUGGACGUGAUAACGGCGUUGGACUCCAACAGCCACAAAGUCGUCAUGCUGCUGGAGUGCCUGAGGCCGCGUAUGCAGGCUGGAGUCAGCGCUGUGGUAGACCUGUACUACCUGGCACCAAACCCUCUGCACCCGAAGUCCCUAAAUAUCGGCACGGCUAAUGACACCGGCCACCAUCCCAAGCGUCGCUCCCUCUUCCAGCUGUGCACCUCCCUGCACCGAUCGUUGAGCGUGCAACGCGUGCUGCUCCUGGCGCCGGAAGUGCAGUUCUACGCCGACGUCUCCCUCUUGUGGGCGCAGUUCGAACUGUUCCCCGCAAGAGCCGUGUUCGGCCUGGCGAGGGAGCAAAGCCCCAGGUACGCUCGCGCCCUGCGGCAUCAAAGGGGCGCCGCUCCAAAGCAGGGUGGUUGCGGGGAUCCCCCGACCGUGGGCGGCAACCCAGGCUUAAACAGCGCCGUCGCCCUGCUAGACCUGGACGCCAUGCGACGGUCGCCAGAGUACAACCGUCUCUACUCAACCCUGGACGAUAUGGUGAAUGCAUAUGGCUGGUACGGAGGACCGCUGGCCGACAACGACUUCUACACGAUAGCCUCGUGUCGGACACCGGCGCUCCUGCAUCUGCUGCCCUGUGCCUGGAACCGGCAGGUGAUGGAAGUUUAG